UUCCCUUUCAAGUAGCUCCAUUCAUUUCUUCGAGGCAUUUCUUUCAACAAUUCAGCCAGGGAAAGAGUGUUCCUGAAUGAGAAAGGGGAAGCAACAGGUGGAUUCGACAUCACCAACUUGAUCACUUUUCCAAACAGAUCCUUUCAGAGAGUUAGAGUUGGAGAGAUGGAUCUACAGGCUCCAAAAGGAAAGGAAUUAUUCAUUGAUGAAGAUCUAAUUGUCUGGCACCCAGCUUUUAACCAGGUUCUUCCAAUUUCUCAAUGUAAUGACCCUUGUUUCCCUGGAUCCAGGAAGAAGGGGAUUGAGGGAAAUCAGUUCUGCUGCUUUGAUUGUGUUCCAUGCCCUGAAAGGAAGAUUUCAAAUCAAAAUGAUAUGGAUGACUGUUUUCAAUGUCCAGAAGAUCAUUAUCCAAAUAAAGAAAAGAAAGGAUGUAUCCUGAAACUGGUGGUGUUUCUGACCUUUGAAGAAAUCUUAGGAAUUGGUUUAGCUUCAGCAGCUCUUUGUUUCUUCUUCCUGACAUCUUGGGUACUAGGAACUUUUAUUAAGCACAAAGAUACUCCAAUUGUCAAAGCCAAUAACAGGUUCCUUACCUACAUCCUGCUUGUCUCUCUUCAGCUCUGUUUUCUCUCCUCUUUCUUCUUCCUCAGUAAGCCUGGCAAAGUAAUCUGCCUUCUCCGACAAUCAAUGUUUGGAAUCACUUUCUCAGUGGCCAUUUCUAGUGUUCUAGCCAAAUCCAUCACUGUGGUUGUGGCUUUCAUGGCGACUAAACCAGGAUCUCAGAUGAGGAGAUGGGUGGGGAAAAGAUUAUCUUUUUGUAUUGUCCUUUCUUGCUCUCUCUUCCAGAUAUGUAUUUGUAUUCUUUGGUUGUCAACAUCACCUCCAUUCCCUGAGUUGGACAUGCAUUCAGAGUCCCAAAAAAUGAUUUUACAGUGCAACGAGGGGUCAGCUUGUUUCUUCUUCUGUGUCUUGGGCUAUAUGGGUGUCUUGGCCAUCGCCAGCUUUAUUGUAGCUUUUCUUGCCCGUAAAUUACCUGACAGCUUUAACGAAGCCAAGUUCAUCACCUUCAGCAUGUUGGCCUUUUGCAGUGUGUGGAUCUCCUUCUUUCCAGCCUAUCUGAGCACAAAGGGAAAAGCCAUGGUAGCUGUGGAGGUCUUCUCCAUCUUGUCCUCUGGUGCUGCAUUACUGGGAUGCAUAUUCCUGCCCAAAUGCUACAUUAUUGUUUUUCGACCCGAGUUAAAUCAGAGACAGAAACUCAUAAAGAAGAAUUAAUACAUCAUGUGAUCUAUCAGGCUCAAUGGAACUGUUGAAAAAGGAAAUAGAAAUACUGCUGUCUCCAGGAGACAUACAUAAAAUUUUAGAAACAUAGACUUUUUUAAAAAAGAAGGAUUUAUAUAGGAUAUUUGUGACUGCUAAAAUUUAUUUUGAUUGCCCGUUUCAACAUAAAUGUUCA